AAUAAAUCGCUUUUCAGCUUGCUUCUUUACUUUUUCCUGCGAAGGUAAAGGAUAGAAAAAGUUCAGUUAAAAGGAGCACUUUAGAAGAAAAAUGCCCUUGCCAGCCAGAGUAGGGAGACCUCAUGAGGUAAGUAAACGUUUAUUAACCCUUUUUAUCUCCACCGUUGGUUCUUACGGCAAUAUAUAUUAUAAAAGAGGAUCAGUGACACGGCUGUUUUAUGGUCGGUACUGCUAAAACUUAAUUUGCUCUUUAUUUACCAUAGUAUUACAUUCAUUCAUUUGUACACACAUAACCUGUUACAUUACAACAAGGCAGGAGAUCCAGAAAGCUAAAUUAGGAAAAGGUUUAUGAGCAUAAACUAAGGAUAUAAACUACAGGUACUUAUGCAUCAGUCAAUUCCAGCUGCACCAGAACACCUCGUCCCCCAACACCCCCCCUCCCCCCCCCACCCUCAGGUGUGGCCCUGGGGUUGGCAAAGGCCUGACCUCCGGGCAGGGCAAAAUUAACUGAUGCCCCACCCCUGGGAUGACAAGCCAGUAAUGGCGGGCUGAACACAGCUGGCAUUGACUGAUGCAUUAAUGAUGAACAGAAUUUCACUAGAGAAUGACUGUUUUGAUGGUUUUAAGCAUAUCAAGACUCGUCUUUAUGAACUGUUUCAGGAAAUUUUUUCCUCUUGGUAAAGUGACAGUUUUAUUUUCUUAUGGAAUGUAUUGAAUGCCUAAUAUACAUGUAUAAAUAUAACCUGCAGAGCUGCCAAUUCUUGGCUUACAAUUAUGUUUCAAGGCUUCUUCUAUGUUGAGGGUCAAAACUAUAGAAUUUUUUCUUGAAGAAUUUAAAUGAACAUAGAGUUCAGUUCCCAGAGGAGAGAAAUUCUUUUGUUCUUGACCACCAACAUGGCCGCCGUGACGUCACUUGCAAACCAGCAAUGACAGUUGUUCAUCAGACAACAGUGAACUCACACAACAGGAUGGCAGAGGGAAGAAGAUGGCAAACCUUGUGUGAAAAGAGUGACAAUAAUUAUGUUAAAAAAAAAUGCCAAACUUCACCUUUCAUUAAGCAGAUCUUUUGGUAAAAAAAACAGAAGACAGUAACGCUAUAAAGUGAAAAUCAUGACAAAACACACAAGUGAUAGCCCUGUCACACACAAAUGUUUUGCUGUCCCCCCUUCUUUCUGCCAUCCUGUUGCAUAAGCUCACUGAUUUUUUCUGGUAAAAUCCUAGCUAUGCUCAAAUACGAUGACCAGACAAAUUAAAUGCAAUGAUUUUUAAAUUCUUUAAUUUGACUUUUUACCAUCAAAACCCUCCUUAUUUUCCUGAAACAUAUCUUUAAGGUUAUUUUUGUCACAGCUCAACCAGCUUCAAAUGGCAUUUUCUGGCAGAAUUUAAGGAUAAGUGAGAAAAUGUUAUCGCUCACAUGGUAUAGUGGUAUAAGAUUUAGAGUCUCUUGGCAAACAAGUGACCUUGGGUUCUAGUCUAAAUUGUGUCUUUGUUGUCUUUCUUUCCCUUAUUUUUUCCUUUGGCCCAUUUUCCCUUUAUUCCUACUGCUGUUUGACCCUUAACCAGAGCUUUAUUCUUAAGAUACUGCAAAAUUAAUUCAUAUAAUUUUUGUAGUCUGUAAUAGUACAUUGCGUUAUUAAAUUUUCUCGUCAUAGAAUCCAGCUGUAGAACCCAUGCAAGUUGAUGUAUCUCCAGAGAGUGACAACACUCCUCAUGAAGAUAAUUUUAUAAUUGAGUCUGCAACUUUGGUGAGUACCUGUGUUGGGACUACAUGGUGUGUAGUACAGUACAACUGAGAAAGUACGUACAUGAGCAGUCGGUAUAAAACACGGACUGCAGACUGCGGACUACGGACUGUGGACUGGGUAUAGAAUACGGAUUAGGUAUAAAAUGCAGACUGGAAAAUACGGACUGGGUAUAAAACACAGACUAGGUAGAGAACGCGGACUGCGGACUGCAGAAUGGGUAUAAAAUACGGACUACGGACUACUUUGGUAAAAACGGUGCUAAUUGAUUCUAGGUAAGGAAAAUAAGAUCAAAAGAUCGCUAAACAGCAAGGCACUUGAGUUAAAGUUGUAAAUACUCCUAUAAAUUCUUGGUGGAGGUGUGCUGCCCAGUUCUCUGAAUCAUGAGCCUGACCAAAAUGCUAUUUUCUUCACCCAUAUUUAGACCUGGUCUCAGUCUCUAACAAUCAUGAAAGGGGUCAGGACGCGGGGGUACUCCCUUAGAUAAGCCAUAUAGGUAUGUACUGCCAAAAGGGUGGGGUUUUUGGGCCUUUUUGGUCAAAAAACCCUUUGCCCGUUUUGGUCUGGAAUUGGGUAUGGUUUUCGAGGGAAUUACGGGAGCGUACACGAAUGGACGUAUUUAUCGUUUCAAUUCCAAACAAAUGAGAACGAAAUAGAAAUAUGCGAAUUCAAAAUGCAUCUGGAGAAUUUUUUUUGUUUACGCUCUAACUUGGCAGUGAUGACAUAAUUUCUGCCUAAUUAGACCUAACCCAUUCCAGGCUCCCAGAUAGCUGGGUCUGCUGCAAUGAGAAAGCGCGAACACAAAAAUAAAACGGGAGAAAACUGGGGGGUCUCCCCAACUAUCUGAGAACCUGAACAGGCUAGCCUCCCACAUAGACAUUAUUAGAGGUUUGUCACGCGUUCCUGGCAGGAACGCGUGACAAAACCCUAGGAACGUCGGCGUGGGAGGCUAGGAACAGGUUAAAAUUAGGACAGGUCCGACAAUGGGUAUGGAUUUUAGAGAUCUUGUCUGAAAACGGGUGUGGAAAAUGACAUUUUUUGGUCUGAAAUAAGGUCAGCAUUCGGAAUUCCCAGUAGUACCCCCCUCCGGGGGGUCAGGAACAGGGUGUAAAUCAUGUCAUCAUAAUCAUCACUUAGAAUAUAACGUUGGAUGAUUCAUUUUGGUUAUUAUUCACGUAUGUGAUUAAUCCCUCCCCACUAAAUACUGCUUUUGUACAUCGUGGAAUGCCCCUACAUUGACCUUCUUGUUUGAGUUCUUCAUUCAGUUUCAUAUUCCCAAGGCUUUAUUUGAAACGGAAUUGUAGCAUCUAUAAGAAUUUACUGAUCUGACUAACACCAAUACUAUUUUUUUUUAUUUGGUGCUUCUUAUUGGUUUAAAACUGUAAAUUGAAAUCUCUUCUGACUCCUUUUUGUAAAAUUCAGAGUGUAAUUUCAGUUGCCUUGAGUACCGGCAUAUUUCCUCGUCCGUGCCGAGAGAAUAGACUACGUGAACGGCUAAAAGAUGUUAAAGCUGGGACUACUGGUUUUGCCAGUCCGCUUUCCAUUUCGCUCAGUUUUACCUUUCUAAAGCUGUUUUUAUAUACAUAGUUACUGUAAUGCAAGACAAGUUCAAUGCUUUUGCAGUCACCCUCUGGUGACCUAAAAUAUUAAAAUACUGUAUUUAUUUGAUUAACCGCCCUGGGCGCUUAUUAAAUUUUUGGACCUUGAGAGUGAGCGCUAAUUCGAGGUGGGCGCUUAUUCGAGGCUGGGCGCUUAUUAAAUUUUCAACAUUUUCAGCAAGUGUAGCAUGUUUAUUUUGCAACAAAAUAAUAAAUAGUAAAAACAAAACGCAAAGAUUUAACAAAGCAAGGUUUCUGUAAAAUACUUUGAAGAAAACUCCAUCUUCUGGGAAGUCUCUUAUUAGUACUUAUUCAAUUUUUGGAGGGUGUGAGGGGAAAGAAGGUGGGGUAGGGGUGGGCGCUUAUUCGAGGCUGGGCGCUUAUUAACUUUUUCUGCCUUUAGGAUGGGCGCUUAUUCGAGGUGGGCGCUAAUUCGAGGUUGGGCGCUUAUUCGAAUAAAUAACCCUUUGCUUGUUUGGUCUGGAAUCGGGUAUGGUUUUCGAGGGAAUUACGGGAGCGUACACGAAUGGACGUAUUUAUCGUUUCAAUUCCAAACGAAUGAGAACGAAAUAGAAAUAUGCGAAUUCGAAAUGCAUCUGGAGAAUUUUUUUUGUUUACGCUCUAACUUGGCAGUGUUGACAUAAUUUCUGCCUAAUUAGACCUAACCCGUUCCAAGCUCCCAGAUAGCUGGGUCUGCUGCAAUGAAAAAGCGCGAACACGAAAAUAAAACGGGAGAAAACUGGGGGGUCUCCCCAACUAUCUGAGAGCCUGAACAGGCUAGCCUCCCACAUAGACAUUCCUAGAGGUUUGUCACGCGUUCCUGGCAGGAACGCGUGACAAAACCCUAGGAACGUCGGCAUAGGAGGCUAGGAACAGGCUAAAUUAGGACAGGUUCGACAAUGGGUAUGGAUUUUAGAGAUCUUGUCUGAAAACGGGUGUGAAAAAUGACAUUUUUUUGGAUUGAAAUAAGGUCAGCAUUUGGAAUUCCCAGUAGUACCCCCCUCCGGGGGUCAGGAGCAGGGUGUAAAUCAUGUCAUCAUAAUCAUCGCUUAGAAUAUAACAUUGGAUGAUUCAUUUUGGUUAUUAUUCACGUAUGUGAGUAAUCCCUCCCCGCUAAAUACUGCUUUUGUACAUCGUGGAAUGCCCCUACAUUGACCUUCUCGUUUGAGUUCUUCAUUCAGUCCUCAUAUUCCCAAGGCUUUAUUUGAAACGGAAUUGUAGCAUCUAUAAGAAUUUACUGAUCUGACUAACACCAAUACUAUUUUUUUUAUUUGGUGCUUCUUAUUGGUUUAAAACUGUAAAUUGAAAUCUCUUCUGACUCCUUUUUUAUAAAAUUCAGAGUGUAAUUUCAGUUGCCUUGAGUACCGGCAUAACUUCCUAGUCCGUGCCGGGAGAAUAGACUACGUGAACAGCUAAAAGAUGUUAAAGCUGGGACUACUGGUUUUGCCAGUCUGCUUUCCAUUUCUCUCAGUUUUACCUUUCUAAAGCUGUUUUUAUAUACAUAGUCCGGAGUCCACAUUUUAUACCUAGUCCGUGUUUUAUACCUAGUAUGAGUCCAUGGUCCACAGUCUGCAGUCUGUGUUUUAUACUGACCGCAUAUAUGAGUGCUAGUGCAGCUAAAGACAGUAAUCGGUCUAAGAUGGGCACUGUUCAAGUUGUUGAGCUGAGACUGGGGAAAUGUUCGUUGUUGUUGUUGUUAAAAACACUGCCACCCCAAGACUUUUGUCCCUGAUUGUUGGUGUGUCCAAUCUAGGGAAAGGAAAAGUUAUUAUUUCGUUCUUUAAGUUACUGUAAUGCAAGACAAGUUCAAUGCUUUUCGCAGUCACCCUCUGGUGACCUAAAAUAUUAAAAUACCGUAUUUAUUCGAUUAACCGCCCUAUGCGCUUAUUAAAUUUUUGAACCUUGAGAGUGGGCGCUAAUUCGAGGUGGGUGCUUAUUCGAGGCUGGGUGCUUAUUAAAUUUUCAACAUUUUCAGCAAGUGUAGCAUGUUUAUUUUGCAACAAAACAAUAAAUAGUAAAAACAAAAUGCAAAGAUUUAACAAAGCAAGGUCUCUGUAAAAUACUUUGAAGAAAACUCCAUCUUCUUGGAAGUCUCUUAUUAGUACUUAUUCAAUUUUUGGAGGGUGUGAGGGGAAAGGAGGUGGGGUGAGGGUGGGCACUUAUUUGAGGCUGGGCGCUUAUUAACUUUUUCUGCCUUUAGGAUGGGCGCUAAUUUGAGGUUGGGCGCUUAUUCGAAUAAAUAUGGUAAUGCUCACCAACUGUAUGUAUAACUAUAACAUCAUCUGAUUGUUGGCCAAGUUCUAACUUGUCUUUGAACAAAGUGACUGCCAAGGAAAGCUGUCACAAUUCAAGAGGAUUACAUGUACAGUACUCAAGGUUUUAAUACUGAGAUAACCAGGGUGAAGCUUAGAUAUAUCUUUUGCAAAUAUUAAUCUUAUGUUAACUUCAGUAGCCUGCAUAGCAGGCGUUUCUAAUCCAGUUAUUGCACGUAAGUAAGAGCAGGAGCAAAAAAAAUGGAAGGGGAGGGGAGAAGAGGAAACGCUUGCCCGCAAACCCCAUGAUUCUGGAAAAUGCCCCUUGAUAUUUCACAGUUCAGUUCAUUUGUAAAUUGACAGCUCAUCAAGAUAGACGCCAGUAUAACGAAUAGUCUGAGCAGAUUACCAGAUUUGUAAAAUUUACUUUGUUCUCUAAUAAAUCACGCUCUGCGCAAUUGCAAAAAUUUCAAUAAAGAAGCUUUACGAUAAAAGAAGGUUGAAACUCUGAGCGAUUGCUGUUGAAUUUCUUGUUGUUUUUUUAUUGUCAAGUUAAAUUUGGAACUUUGUGUGACUUAUGUCAUCUGAGACCUUGUCAAAAAAUCGCAAAGAAAUGAUUUGUCCAGAACAAUUCACUCUGCCAGCUAUGAGUUUUGCAGAGCAGCUGCAAGCCGACCUCUCGACCGGGCCUGGGGUUUGUGGUAAAUCAUUUCCUUCUCUCCCCUACUCCUCCCCUGUCAUUCCUCUUUUUUGCUCUUGUCCCAACUUUCUCGAUGAACUCGCACAAAAUGCUUGCUAUGCAGGCUAUAACUACAGAAGACUAUAAACACAAAUUAAACUGCAAGAAUGGAUUAGAAAAUGACACUGGCACAUAAUAUUUUCCAACUUGCCAUGGCAGACAAAAUGGUCACAGUUUUUGUCGCUGGAUCAUUUUUAAAAAUUUAAAUUGUUGUCUUUCUUGAAUUUUAAUGUUUGAUCAAUUUUAUUUAGGGUAAAACAGAACUUAUAGCUACAUGUUUGCACUUCAACUUUUGUUAUUCCAGGAUCUUGAUGUUUAUGCUUCUAAUUACACUGGCCUCACAAAGCUUAGCAGAUUACUCUUUGUUGCCAAGCAUUGUCCUGCCCUUGAAGUUGAUGCCCUGAGGUAAAACAAUAGCUAAUUUAUUAUAAUUCCUUUAAAUUAAUAUAUUUUUUAUAUACAAUGUAAUAACACUAAAUGUAAAUAAACCAAUAAUAAUUUACAGUUAUUUGUAAUUUGUUAUGCAUGACUUGAUCUUAUCAACCCCACCAGGCCUGUAAUCCUUUCUUUAAACUUUCACAAAUAGUGGGUUACAGUGGUGACUGAAUUGAUUCAAUUUGUUUUGAUCCAGGUUUCAUUGGCCUUGUUCUCAAAAAUACAGGUGUUGGAGGAUGUUGGUACACUGUACUCAGUUGACACUAUUAACCAAUACAUCAGGCAAAACUAUCCAGACUAGAACCCAUAUUCUGUAUCUUGACUAGUAUUAAAGCUGAGAGCGUUGUUUUAUUAGCACUCAGUGCCCCCCUGCAGGUACCUUACCUUUGCUCUUUGGCUAUUAGGAAAUGUUAUUUUUUUCAUAGAAAUCACAAGUUGGGCACCCUUGAUCUCACAGACUCAUAGCACUGGGCUGAUCCCUUCAGUUUCUCUCAGAGCACAGCCCUGAACCUUUUUUCUCAAUGGUUUUGGUAGAAAUUUGAUUAUAAAUAAAAUGAAAGAAGAUCUUUUUAUGUAUAUUUUGCUUUGGCAAAAGGAAGUACUGUAGAGUUGUUGAUUGUAAUAACAUGAAUUAACUUUCAGGAUAGCCUUGAAUUACGUCAAACAAACAUUCAAUGUGCAGUUAUACCAGGAGAUCAUCACAAGAAUGACUGAAGCCUGGUUAGUAUGACAGGCUACUUUGAAUUCACUUACUUCUAUGUAGAAUUAAAAUGUUAACGUUAUCUCCUGAAAUUAUUCUUGUAAACAUGUACAUACAGUAUGUGACAAAAUUAUGUUGUUGUUUUAUACUCAAGCUGAACAGUGAAAAUCUUUAGAUUUCUUUUUACCUGGAAAGUGGACUUAGUUUUAAAGAAAGAGUGCUAAAGGAACUGAAGUACAUAGAAUUAUAAUCAUUAUUAUUAUCAUAAUGUUAAAAUGUUUCUUGUCUUCAGCUCUCGCAGUGAACUUGAUCCUCCUCCCAUGGACACAACAUGGAUGGAGACUACAAGCAAGAAAGCUGCAUUAAAGGUACUAAACUAAUGCAAGCCUGGCAAGGCUGUCUUCCAGUUCAGUCUUCCUCAUCACCCUCUUUUUCAUUAUUUAUACAACCCGUAAAUAUGACAAAAACAAAUAAAUAAAUCAAACCAAGAUGAGCACCUGUCUGUACUUAAAUUACAUGUAGCUGUUGUGAGAAAAAUUCAUAUUCCCUUAGCUUGCUGGCUUAUUAUACGGUACAUAAAUAAUCGGUUACUGACAAUCUUCAUCUCAAUAUGCUGAUUAAAAUAAAACCAGAGGGACAUCUGCAUGGUGUAUGCCACCUUUAUCAGGGCUAGUUUGUUCAAAGCUAGGUUAAGAUAACUCAGGGUUAGUGCAAAAUUUGAAUUCAGAUACGAAAGCUUAAAAAGGACAUCAGUUUGAUUCUUUUUGCAUAAGUAUAAUUUGUUAAUUGAAUGCCCUAAAAUAAAUGAGAAAAUUAUCCUGGGAAAUGCUUUUGAAACCGGAAUUAAAAUUUAACCCCGGGUUAGCGCUAAUCGGCCUUCGAACAACUGGGUUCAGAUCUGUAAUUUCCAUUUUUUUAAGUUGUUGUUGUUGUUGUUUUUAAAUCACCAUUCUACCACUUGUAUACUGUAAUAAUGUAAAGUGUACACUUUGUGUCUUUUAGUACAAGACAAUAAUAUUGAAAUUGAUGCCUUGUUAGUGUGAGAGCAAACUCUUUGCUGUACAAAGAAGAGUAUUGCAACACGUAAACUUAAAUUUUUCAUUUUUAAAAUACUUUUUCUGUACUUUAUAGCUCGAGAAGCUGGAUACAGAUUUGAAAAACUAUAAGAGCAACUCCAUCAAGGAAAGCAUCAGGUAAUUGUAAAAUAUAAAUACAUUUUAUCAAGAAAUUACUAAUACAGUGUACAUGUGUUUUCUUGAUUUCAGGUAAAAGGUGAUUUAAACUAGCCCUACCUUAAUUUUCUUUUGUCUCAUAAUUUGUAACAAAUGUUUCCUAAAACGCACAGUAAUUGCAUAAGUCAUUGCAGUCAUUUUAUUAUCACAAGUUCUAUCGCUUCAUUAUUUUGUUAUUUUAUCCUAAUUCAAGGAACAUUUUGUUUGCAUAAUUACCAUUUGUUAAAUUUCUUCUGCUUGUAGACGUGGGCAUGAUGAUCUUGGGGACCACUUCUUUGAAUGUGGAGACUUAAAGUUAGUACCAUGGUUACAAAAAACAAAGAAAACAUAAUUAUAGUUAUCGAAAUGAUAAUUUUUAACAUGAAUAUGUAGAGGUAUUUUUUGUUUCUUUUUGCUAUUCUAGAGUCAUCUGACUCUAGAAUGAUCUCCAAACUUAAUAAAUUUAACUUCCCAAAUAAUAUUUGGAGGUCAAAGUUUUCCUUAAUACCUGACUAUAAAAACUUAGCAUAUUAACAUGCAAGUAAGUUACUUUACUUAACCACAGUAUCACAUUCAGCUGCAAGGCUGGUUUCCAAGGGAGCCCUGGUGAAAAAAGAUGUGUACAAUUUAAAUAGUUGAAAGGAGAAAAUUCUUUGGGUAAAAUAAAAAAGAAUCUCAAGAAACCUGAAUCAGUAUUUGCUGGAUGAAAAUUACAAUAUUAUUAUAUAAUGAAAGUCUAGUUACAGAGUAAGUCAAUAAACAAAGUGUGUGUUUAAUAAACAAUAGGAAAUAAAUGCUAUAAGGUUUCAUAUUUUGAAACUGUCUUUGUUUUGUUGUUCACUAUAAACAGCAAUGCAUUAAAGUGUUACUCCAGAGCAAGAGACUACUGUAUGAGUGCAAAACAAGUUGUUAAUAUGUGUGUUAAUGUAAUCAAGGUAAGCAUAAUUUCUUACUAACAUGUUAUACAGAAAGUUUAUCUAUUUUAUUUUUCCAUAGGAGUUUGAGUGGUAGACCUAAUGUAUUAGUGUUCAGUUAAAAGUGCAGAUUACUUAAGUUCAAGGAAAGUAAUUUGCCAGCAUUGCUUCUCUAUCUGGCAGCAAUGCUGGGUCAUUACAGUCAGCACCAUGUCAGUGGACUGGUGCCCAGGGUUCCCAGGCCCUCUCUUCUUUCCAUUCCCUGCAGUGGUAGAAGAAUGUAGAAUUAUUAUCUUUGGUUUGUACUUGGCAGGUCAGCAUUCAUCUGGGCAACUGGUCACAUGUGUUAAAUUAUGUCAACAAGGCUGAAAAUACUUCUGAAUUGGCUGAGGUAAGUACAUUGUAUCAGCUGGUUAUAGCUGAUUCAACAGGCAGGCAGCUUGUUCCAAAGCAAAUGGAGGCAUCUACCACUGCAGUAGGUAAUAAUAAGUUGGUGGAAGUAGGAUGACAACGGUCUGUUCUGCCAUUUCAAUGUAUUUAAUGCAUAUUUUUCUAUCUACUUGUGUAAUACAUGCUGUAAGCUAUAAUUAUGAUUUAAGUUAUAAUAAUGAUAAUUAUUUAUUCAGUUUAUCCUCAGCAACUUUUUUCUGAUUUUUUCGUAUUUACAUCGUUUUAUUUAUUUAUUUAAUAUUAAUUUUGUGCUUGUUUAUGUCACAUUUUUUGACAAAGUUAUAUCUAGUUUGUUGUGUCAUACAUUAUUCACAGCAAAAAGACAGACGUCCAAACUUGGUGACCCUCACAAGGCUGAAAUGUGCAGCAGGUAUCACAUAACGUAGAAAUCAUCUAUUAAUAUUUACUUUGUUUAGUCCGAACACGCUUGUAUCUGUUUAGAUGCCCAGUGCCAUUUUCAUGUUGAAAGUGCAAAUGUAAGCUAAGUAUGGCAUUCAUAUUGUGUUCUUGGGACAAGGAAAGGUUCGGUGUACUGAUUAUUUUUCUACUCUAAAAGGCUAACAGUGGUCCUCACAUUUUUUCUCACUUAUGGAGCUUGUGAACGCAGAGGAGUCACGACCGGAAAUACAGAUACGUCUGCGUUCACUGGCUACGAGUAUAGUUUGGCCAGCAUCAAGUACAAACAAGCAUGAAAAUUUUAGCCCGCAAGGAAAAUGACAUGCGCAGGUGGCGAUUUUCACCCGCGCGCAUUUGAGUAUUCAUUCUUGUUCCCAGAGCUUCGAUCCUUUUGGUCAGCGGCGGGGAUCGAAGCUCUGGGAACGAGAAUGUUGAGUAUUUUGCUCGCUCCAGAUUCCUUGAGGAAAAUUAAGGACUACUCGUAAUAUAGACCCCGCCCAAAACACAGUUAGGAGAGAGGCUCAAAGACAGGAUUCAAAAAUAGUUUGAGACCAACUGCAUCAGUGACCUUUUAGCUCCACCAUGUAUUGUUAUCUCGAUUCACCAAGAUAGAUACUUAGAAAAAUAAAUAAAUAAAUAAAUAAACUUUAAAUCUUCCAAACCAACAUACGACUUUCCUUUUCUAUAUUUUGAUAUUGCUAUAAAGCACAAUCAUUUGUAUCCGUAGGUCUGGCUGAACUUGCUACCAGAAAAUACAAAUCAGCUGCCAAGAAUUUCUUGCAGGCAUCCUUUGACAACUGUGAAUGCCCUGAGGUCAGUGAAAUACGCUAUAUCAUGAGAACAUACAUUUGCUGCCAAUCUUUAUAUUUUAUUUACUGAACAAUGAAUGUACAGUACCGCGAAAGUAAGUUUCCUGGAAACUUACUUUUGCGGUAUUGUACAUUGGAGUCCACCCACUCGCGAGACGCGAAUCGCGUCGCACGCUGCGCGAUUCUCGUCUCGCGGGAAACUAGACGCGACUGAUAACUUACUUUUGAGNAGUCAUGCCCUAGGGGACGCUUUAAAAUACAGAAUUUCCUGACAUGGAUGAGGGAAUUUUCCGUAAACAGCAUGUGAUCAUGCCGGCUAGGACGUAUUGCCGCCGUAUUGCCCCUUUUUACAGCUAGCUAGGCUCAUUUUUAGGCUCCAUGGCCUGAAAUGACGAAAAAUUCAUGCCCUUAAUGGAAAAAGUCUAAAAAAGUCCUCGAAAUUUUAGUUUCCAAGCCGUUAAUGGCCUCCCUCCUAAGAGGUGCUAAAAGUCCGGACAGUCAGUACUUUCCCGCGCUUCUUGCUCCACUUCAGUUCCCUGAGAAAAGAUUUGGGACAUCUAUAUCUUUUCGUUGCUGUCUAAACAGCUAUAGUUCUAAUUUUUCCGUAAUAUUGUUGAUAAAUACCUAGCCUGCGAAUAUCCAGCCCGUCGUUACGAGACCUAUUUUAUUUGCCAACGCCGGACUCUGGUGGUUUCGCGAAACAUGAUCUUGUAAAUUUUGGUCUUAAAGAGUAAUCCAAUGAUGUCUAAUGUAUUUUACAUUUAGAUUGGUGAAAUUAUAAUAACUUUUUUUGUUACGUGAUGUAUAGGUUAGAAACAGAUAAACUUUCUUUCCGGCUUUUUUAAAUGGUAUAUAUAAAUUCAUCGCUGACUUUUCUAGGUUUUUCUAGCUGUAUAGUGAGUGGUACUGGCAUGUUUAACCUUCAUUCAACAGAUUAUUUCGCCAAAUAACGUCGCUGUUUAUGGAGGACUUUGUGCCCUUGCUUCGUUCGACAGACAAGAGCUUCAAAAGAAAGUCUUAUCCAGCAGGUAAAAUGUAGUACUGGCUGAGCUAUGUUUUGUUCAAACAUCAGUUACAAUUCUAGUAAGAAGGACAUACAGUAUCACAUACUAUAAGGUCGAGGAUCAGCGAAAAGGCUGGAAUUGUAAUUGUGUUACGAAUCACUUUUUUUAAUGACAAAGAUGAACGACACUCCAGUCUCUGUUUUUCCUUGUCUUUCAAUUUUCGGGUUACAACCUAUAGUGUUUUUUUGCGGGGAGUGAGGAAGCACAGAAGAUGCCAUGAUAUAUUUGCGGCGUUCAGCAUAUUGCAAAUUUGCUUUUUUUCAGAACUGAAGGUUUGUGUGUUUGUUCCCAAGUAAAGAACUAAAGACAGUAGUUUUGUUGGUGUAUUUUUAGUUCCUUUAAGCUGUUCUUGGAGCUAGAGCCACAGUUAAGAGAUGUGUUGUACAAGUUUCAUGAGUCACAGUAUGCAGCUUGUCUAAAACUACUGGAUGAAAUGAAGGUACGUCUGCAUUAACUUGAAGCCUUCUUGUCCAAAUUAUUUUGAUCUGAAACAAUCUUGUUCAUAAAUUGCGAGAGGCCAGCGAAAUGAUCACUUAAGAUGAAUUUACCGUUUUUCAGGUGAUUUAUGCAAUAUAAAUCAUAGAUAAAUGCUGGUUUUGACUAGCGACUGAGUUGGAGUCUUAUUAGAAGCGCGGAGAGUCAUGAUCUAGUGCAAAUUGUCGAAGUUGCAAGCAAAAGUGGAAGAACUAAACCAAUCACAAAGCAUGGGAACGAGCAUUUUGAUUGGUUUAGUUAUUUUUCUUCUACCUGGGACUCCGACAAUCUAGUUUUUACUGGAUCAUAAGCAACAAAUUAAGCGGAGUUGUGGUACAAUAGUGCAUGGUAUCGGUGAACACAUUCUUUUGAUUAAUGUCACAAAUGAUAGGGCCAUUUAUACCAGGAAAAAUAAGACGCGAACUGUACCAUUUAUACGAGCAUGUCUUAUCUAAGACGGGAACAGCUCGUAUAAAUGGUUUGCGUCUUAUUUCUGUUCUUGACUUGUUUUCACGUGAAUCGGCAAUCCAACGUGGCGCGCCAAAAAUUAACGCAUGCAUACUAUGCGUUCGCGUCUUAUGUAACACGCAAAGGUCAUUUAUACGAAAUUUUUCUCGUCUUAGCUAAGACGCGUCUUAUCUAAGAACAGGUGUUAAGGGCUGUUCUAAAAAAAGACGCGUCUUAGCUAAGCCGCGUCUUAUUUUAGACGAAAUGUCCCGUUUAUACGGAAAGUUCAAGUCUUAAAAGACGCGUCCUAUGUCAGACGCGUGUUGUUUUUCCUCGUAUAAAUGGCCCUAAUGUGAGAAAACCAGCUGGGAGAAUUGUACAGAGUAAGUAGUAGUGAACAGUCAUGUGUUCGAAUUCUUCAGUCACGAUAUUCACGCGAUGUGAUUAUCUGAAGUAGUACCAUCUGUGAAACGAGAAAAAACGGAGUGUAAAUUUUGAACAUAAGGAAAAUAUUCGCCUUAGUCGUGAAGUAUUUUUGUGAUUCUCUCCAGUUGUUCUCGUUUUGCCGUGUUCUUAUAGCCCGUGGUGCACUGUGCAGCAGGCGUUUUUAUAAAGGUUAUGGUGUAAGUGGCACGAGCGAUCUCCUACUCUCCCCGGUCUCUCUCGACUUUCAAAAUCAUAGCAACUUCAGGGACUACAGGGCGAAGCCUAGCCUCCCACACAGACGUUUUUAGGGGAGCUCGUUUUUCAUCCCUCCCCUCCUCUUGCGGGGAGGGAUGAAAGACGAGCUCCCCUAAAAAUGCCUUGCCGAGCGCUUGCUUGCCCGAAUACACCUUGUGCUAGUCUUUGAAAAGAUCAGGACAGAUGUCAAAAUCGUGAUUUUUAUUAUCCCGAUCGUAUAUUGGUCGGGACUCGGUAUUUCCUAACAAAUACCGGGAGAAUCCCGACAAGAUCAGGAUGGUUGGACACCUCUUUUUGUCGAGUAGUAACCUGAAUGUUUGUUAAUAUUUUUUCUUACUUCGCAGGACAACUUCAUGUUGGACAUGUAUCUUGCGCCACAUAUCAACACGUUAUACAGUCAAAUCAGAAACAGAGCUUUGGUGCAGGUACCCUAGCAUUUUGAUGUUUCGUUUGCUCAGUGCUUCUUGGCUCCAUUUUUGUCAGCAGUUUUGAACCUUACCUUGCAGGGCACUUUGCAAGAAACCCUGAUACGGAGACAGAAUUUCUUCGCCUCUCAUUUUGACUUGUUCACAUUUUGAGAACGUUCUCUGAAAAUUGUUAUACGAAACCCGAAAAAUUACGAAUCGUUUAAUCAGUUUCCUUGAAGGCAACAGUCGGUUUGCCGAAAGCCCGGAUCCUGUUAAAAGAAAGUCACGAUAUGUUUGCUUGGCGGAGGCUUUAAUCAUUUUAAAGGGCUGAAAAUCUUGCAGUGAUUGAUUUCAAAGCCAACAGUAUUACGGUAUGUGUUUGUACAGGGACACCCAACGCCUGUUUUCUGUAAAAUAUCUUGUUCGGAGAAGCAAAUAUUGCCUAGAAUUUUCCAAUACUUAAGGACAGUUAAAACUUUCUAGAUGACCGUUCCGUUCAUGUAUCGUUUUCGAAGCUUAUCUAAUAAAUUCCCUACGAUUUUCUGAAGUUUAAUUUUCACAUUUUUUUUCCCCAAGUUAGGAUAUUUUUCGUAGAAAAAAGGAAAAAAAAAAAUUCCCAAGCUAGGCUAAAAAGUUCUUAUAAAAAUGGUGCUAGCUGGAAAAUUAGGCUACUCGGGCUCUUAAACAGGUUUUUAUUUUUAAAAAUAAAUAAGGUGAUUGUCAUUGGUGGGUGUGGCCUAUUUCGGGCCUAUUAGUAUUUUUGGUAUUGCAUGCACAAUGUUGUAAAAAUCCCUUUAAUCCAAGCCAUUUAUGAAGUUUAUACAAAGCUAUGUAGGUUAAACAGAACAAAAACAACAUCAGAACAUGAUACUGUGUUGCUGCUGGGCCAAACAUGGUACUGGAUUUCUCAAAAUAAGAACCUGUUUCAAAAUUGUUGGCUAAAACAGGUUCUUAUUUAAUAGAGUUCUACAUGGAAAAUCUUAGCCUUACAGGUUCUUAAAAUCUAGGUUUUUACUGUACUCUGGAUAGCCUAAAAAGUGUUUUCAAGAUGUAUUUAGGAUGAAACCGUCGAUAGGUGCCCCUGUUUAUAGUAUUUAUUCCUUUUUAGUACUUCAGUCCUUAUGUGUCAGCGGACAUGGAGAAGAUGGCGCAUGCGUUCAACACAACAGUGUCAAACUUGGAAGACGAACUGUCACACUUGAUACUUGAGGGUCAAAUACAGGCCAGAAUUGACUCGCAUAACAAGGUAUAAUCGUGUUAUUAAUUGUUCUGUCAGAAACCCAGAUUUUGUCUUUACCAUUUUUAUUUUAUUAUUUAUUGCUGGCGAGACUUAUGCGAGCCAGCGCACCGUUCUCUACAGAGGGAAAAAAAGCGGCAUUUACUUCGUGUACCGGACAUAAAUGACGUAAAACAAAAGACAGGGCUUCCGGAAUUAUGCGCGGAUGCGAAAUUGCAUAAUUCGGCUCUGAGUGCAUAAUUCGCAUUAUUCCGAAAAAAACGCAUAAUGGCGCAUAAUUCUCGAAAAUUUUGAAAAAUCUGUUAGUAAGCUAUGUUUUUUCAUACCUUGAGAAGUGCGUGGAAAUUUUUUUCCCGUAAAUAUAGUACAUUUUCACAGCAAAUAGCCACCGCUUCAUUGCAAAAAGCGUUCACAAAUAUGGCAAAUCAUUCCAGGCGUUCUAUGCUGCUGGCCGUUGGGGCCUGUGCUCUAGUUUUUUAUAUAACACGCGCCAUGAUUGGAAGAAAUAUAACCAAUCACAGCUUGGAAAAGAAAAAAAGCGCCCUUCUUCGAUUUAUUUGGCAGCAAAACAACUUCCUUCCCGUGUUUUCGCUUUGAAAAUGGAUAAGUUUGUAUUAAAAGUAAAACCAAAGAAAAAGCCAUGUAGCAUUACACCACAACAGCGGGCUGAGCAAUAUCCCGGGAAGUUCCAUGCAGAUAACAAUUUCCUAUUUUGUUCAACUUGUGAUGUUGUUGUGGAUCACCACCGAAAGUCAGUUCUUGACAAGCACCUUUCAGCUGUUUCACACAUCAAGCGAAUGGAUGAAUCCUCUUCGAAGCGAGCGAAACAACAGACAUUGAAGACGUCAUUCAAGUGCAAAACUCCAGCUCACGAAGAGAAAGUGGAAGUCUGCCAUGAGUGGAAGGAACGAGAAAUACGUUUGGUGUAAUAAAUCGAUGUUGCUCAUCAUAUUUGUACUGAUAUGUUUUAUUUCAAUUAUAAACAUGUGACUUUAUCUCACUCACCCUGAAAAAUCAUGGCAGCAUCAGUCAGUAAGUUUUUUUUUUGUUGACUUACUUACUUUAUUGACUUACUAACUUACUUUGACUUACUUGAUUUGCAAGCUUAAUAACUUGAAAUUAAAAAUUUUCGCUUAAAAAUAUUGCGCAAUUCGCAUAAUUCGCGCAUAACUCGGGACUUUUGGCGCAUAAUUCGCCAAAAAAUAGUGCAUAAUUUACUGGAAAAAAACGCAUAAUUCCGGAAGCCCUGAAAAGAACAAAAACCAUGAAACAAUACCAGGCAUAAUUUUCCCUGAACAGAAAACGAAGAGGUCUUUUGUUUUACGUCAUCUGUGUCCGGUACACGAAGUUCUGACGAAAAAGGCAAAAUUUGUCGGAUGUAAGAUCAGAGGCAUGCGCAGUUGAUUAGUUUUCUUAUUAUUCGGGGUAUUCACUCCUUUGCAGACGCACCUGGACGAGAGAUUUCGAUUUUUGUUUUCUAGAUGUCUUUAUUUGCUUGUGAAAGUAUUCAUCAAUGUCUCGAUCCAGAGCGUUUUAGUGAUGAAUCUCGAGGAAGACGAGAGAUUUAUAUGUGUUUGUGUGUUUGCUGGCUGCUAGAGGUGCGAAGAUGUCGAUCAAAUCCUCAUUCAUGGAGAUUGUUUUCUCUCUGGGCACUCAGCAGAAAUGAUGUGCCAGGCAAAACCUUUCUCUGUUCCGGCGGAGGAAACAGUCGACUCUAGCUUGCUGGUCUCGGGAGAAAAGAGCAGAAAGCUGCAAGGCAAACCAGCUUUGCAUCUAAAGCGACUUCGGUACCAGUUGCAAUUCAUUGAAGUACUCUUCGCCCGUUGAGGCGUUAAAAUUCGAUUGUUGUGUUAAAAUUUCUGCCCGUUGAGGUAAACAAUUAAGCUGAUAAUUUGACCAUGGGUCACAUUUGUCAGUUGAGGCGAAAGAAAAGCUUGGACCUAUAUUGAUUCAAAGUGUGUAUCUCUCUUUGAAGCUAACCCCUGGCUAAGCAUUUAACUGUAAAAUUAUUUGACUGUCGCGUUGACGAGUGCCUGUACCGUCGAGUCGAAUUGUUUUUAAACCCUCAAGUCAAAAGAAACUUCUCGCACCUCCAUAGGCGAAUCGGCAAAAAUUGUUAACAUAGUAGAGCAGCCAAACACAUAAUAGUAUCUUGUCUUCCUCGGGAUCCAUCACUUAACCGUUGGUGACCUCGAUGAAAUUAUUUCCAUAGGCAAGUAAAGAAAUCUAAAAAUAUAAAGAAGCAAUUACUAAAAACUCAGGCCUCGUCUAUUAUCUGCUUGCGGUUUGGAAAUUUACUCGAUCUUUUAAAAAGGCUUACUCACCCUAGCUCCCAGGGGUAAUUUUCAUUUUCUUCACUUUAUUUAUUUUCAAACUGUUUACUCCGCAUUAUCUUCCAGCUCUGACGCCAGCACUUACUUUCAAAUUGAAACUCCUAGCUUAAUAUCGCAACCACCCUUCCCUUUCAACUUCUACCUGUACGCCUAACAAACAUAUCGAACGCACUCUCCUUAGCUCCGAUUACUCCUAGUUUAUUUAUUUAUUUUCAUACAUCGUUAUUAUUCAUUCAUUGUAACAAACAUUUUUUCGGAAAUUUUUAAGAAAAUAGCUUUUAUAAGGAACUUGAUCGUAUCACAAAACUCCUUUGUUCAAUUUUUCUUGAGGAUUUACUCACGGAAGUACGAUAUGGACAGGAUUUCUGCCAAUUUCGUCAAAUUUUAAUGAGAAGGUUUUGUGUUAUCAUCGUUAGUUUACAUUGUCUAUUUUAAUAGACAAUGUAAAAGUGAACAAAACAACAGCUAUCAUAUUGCUUCNUGUCUUCCUCGGGAUCCAUCACUUAACCGUUGGUGACCUCGAUGAAAUUAUUUCCAUAGGCAAGUAAAGAAAUCUAAAAAUAUAAAGAAGCAAUUACUAAAAACUCAGGCCUCGUCUAUUAUCUGCUUGCGGUUUGGAAAUUUACUCGAUCUUUUAAAAAGGCUUACUCACCCUAGCUCCCAGGGGUAAUUUUCAUUUUCUUCACUUUAUUUAUUUUCAAACUGUUUACUCCGCAUUAUCUUCCAGCUCUGACGCCAGCACUUACUUUCAAAUUGAAACUCCUAGCUUAAUAUCGCAACCACCCUUCCCUUUCAACUUCUACCUGUACGCCUAACAAACAUAUCGAACGCACUCUCCUUAGCUCCGAUUACUCCUAGUUUAUUUAUUUAUUUUCAUACAUCGUUAUUAUUCAUUCAUUGUAACAAACAUUUUUUCGGAAAUUUUUAAGAAAAUAGCUUUUAUAAGGAACUUGAUCGUAUCACAAAACUCCUUUGUUCAAUUUUUCUUGAGGAUUUACUCACGGAAGUACGAUAUGGACAGGAUUUCUGCCAAUUUCGUCAAAUUUUAAUGAGAAGGUUUUGUGUUAUCAUCGUUAGUUUACAUUGUCUAUUUUAAUAGACAAUGUAAAAGUGAACAAAACAACAGCUAUCAUAUUGCUUCCAAAGUACGCAUGCUUAACAUCUGUGCGCACGCUGAGAUCACGUGCUCUGUUAGACUGCGAGCAGUCUCUCUUUUUCUUCAGAUUUAGUGGGAGCAAUGCACGCUCCCGUCUCGCGCCAUCAGUCACGCGCGUGGCCAUUUGCGUGUCUCGCGUUUUGCUCGACAGACCACAGAAAAAAAGAGAGACUGCUCGUAGUCUAGUGCUCUGUCGAAGGCGAUGUUCCUAUCGACAAGUUACAAAUGGCCUACUGCUACAGUCUACACUUUUUUUAAAAUACUAAUUCUUCUUGUUGACCUCCACAAUUGUAGGUGCUAUUUGCGCGAAACGUGGAUCAACGAAGUGUAACUUUUGAAAAAGCGUUGGAAAUGGGGAAGGAAUACCACAAGAGGACAAAGGUUAGUUCAUCUCGGCAGCUAAAGUGAAGUUCGCACAGGUGUGCCACAGUUGACACACACACACACACUAUACUUUAUUCCAUGCACAUCAUUUUGCUAUCUCCACCCGCAAAUAGCAAAAGCUAGACGAGGCGGGCGGAGAGGAAAGGUUACAGCAGUCAUAACAGAUAAUAUAAUAAUUGUAAAGUAACUAAACUAUCUGGGUAAAUAAGAAUUACUGAAAAACAAGCUAGAGUUACAAAAUAUAUAGUCUUACAGAAUGAUGUUACAAUCAAAUUUACUACUAACAGAACCUAUCGAUUAUUAGUACAUUGAGUCGAGGAUGCAGAAUUUGACUUUGAAGUUGAGAAAUAGUAUACUAGGAUCUGGAAGGUAUCACUUACUUGUUGGGNAAAAUACUAAUUCUUCUUGUUGACCUCCACAAUUGUAGGUGCUAUUUGCGCGAAACGUGGAUCAACGAAGUGUAACUUUUGAAAAAGCGUUGGAAAUGGGGAAGGAAUACCACAAGAGGACAAAGGUUAGUUCAUCUGGGCCGCUAAAGUGAAGUUCGCACAGGUGUGCCACAGUUGAGACACACAGACACACUAUACUUUAUUUCAUGCACAUCAUUUUGCUAUCUCCACCCGCAAAUAGCAAAAGCUAGACGAGGCGGGCGGAGAGGAAAGGUUACAGCAGUCAUAACAGAUAAUAUAAUAAUUGUAAAGUAACUAAACUAUCUGGGUAAAUAAGAAUUACUGAAAAACAAGCUAGAGUUACAAAAUAUAUAGUCUUACAGAAUGAUGUUACAAUCAAAUUUACUACUAACAGAACCUAUCGAUUAUUAGUACAUUGAGUCGAGGAUGCAGAAUUUGACUUUGAAGUUGAGAAAUAGUAUACUAGGAUCUGGAAGGUAUCACUUACUUGUUGGGAAAGUAACAACUGUUGAAACUAAUACACUUUUGAAUUGAAAUAUAUGAAAUGAAUCAUAUUUUGAACUGCGGAUAAAGGUAUUUCAACCGCAUAGUUAGGUUGUUCAUUCUACUACGACGAUCAUUUUCAUUUUCCUCAUUGUUGGCUUUUAUCUUGUUUUAGGCUUUAAUUCUCCGUGGAGCCAUCCUGCGUAACCAAAUCGUCGUCAAAGUAAGUUUUCUGUAACUACAACCUAGAAAUAAACAAAAAGAAAGAAAGAAAGCGACAACAACAACAGCCAGAGAUAAUAUCACAUUUUGUUCGGGAAGGGGAUUGAUGGGCGUGUUCCAGUAGAGGAGCUCGCUAGCCGUAAACCGGCCAUGUGAAGUUUAGUGGGGAAUUGUUAGAACAAUUGCUUAUGCUAGCGUGGAUCAGUCAUGCCCUCCUCAUAGUUCCUGUAAAAAAGAAGCGCCUAAUUGCAACGUAUAAGCAUACUGAGGGAAGAAAAUUAAUCUUUAAAUGACCAAAACAUGAAUCUGUAACUGUAAAAACCAGCAUUUAGGCCAUCCGCUUUGUCCGUACGCACUUAUUAUGGCCUGUCCUGCGGUUGCUAAAUAGAAAAGCGCCUUGCGGGUUCAAUUUUAUUUUUACUUGGUCUAAACUUCAAAGCAUUUGUUGAGGCACCUGUUUUUGUCAGGGAGUAAGUGAAAGUAGUUUUUACUUUUUUGAACACAGGAACGUCAACAAGCCUUUUUGUUUGUAUUCUUAGAGCCCUCCUCGAGAAUCCAGCUCUGGAGAUGUGUCUAUGCCGGCUGCGAGAUAAACAGCGUUCAGUACCAUGAAGAUCUUGUUAUCUUUAGAAUGCAAGAGUACAAAACCAGGUUUUCGCCAAAGAGUUAAGGUGAAAGAUGUAAAGGCGAUGAGAGUGUUGCGAGGACAGGAAGGUUUAGGGCUCGAAAAAAUGUCCCGUUCGGUCGUCCAGAGCAAGACGUAGAUUUUCUUGCUUUUUAAAGCUCACAUGCCCAGUAGGCAAGGGUUGCAGCAAUUCUUUUUAUAACUUAAGUAUUACCUAAGAAAUAUCAUCAAUAUCAAGAAAAAUUAGUAUCUCCAAAGGACGAGCUAGGUUUUUUUUCGAGUCCUGAGGUGUAAAAAACCAUAAUAAACUGUUUUUCAUCAGUGCUAGCUUGUAAAGCAUAGUACAAGAAAACAAAGAUGACGCUUGUUUAUAUUGAGGUAGUGGAUAAAACCGCUGUUGCGUUCUCUGUGGUUGUAGAAUUUGAACUGUCAUGAUUUACAAUAAACAUUUCUUUGAAAG